UUCACAGGCCACACGGAUCCACGAGGACCAUAUCUACAAGGUGCUUUAGGACAUGUACGACGUAGCCCUACAAGCUCUCCUGCAAGACCGAGUCACUCUGUCGAAAGAGGAAGAGCGGCGUCUGAAGGAGUCCUGUGACGGGAAAGGGCUUCCUUGCAUGAAUGUGAUGGCGACAUUUUUCAAUCUGCAAGACAUCAAUGACAAGCUGGGGCAUCAUCAGAAUUACUCGGCGCCCCAUAGGAGCUUGCAAGAGUUCUACGGUGCAUCAGGUAUCGUCCACAAGUUAAUGGAAGGUUCUCACUCACGUCUCAUACCACGCAUGCUUCACGACCCGCCGCGCCAACAGCUUCGGAACUUGUGGAACCUGCUCCGGCACAUGGCAUGUCUCUUCUGCUACCCACAAACACCACUUCGUGCUUCAGAUAUACGACGCAUGCUUCACUUUCCGCCACCCCAACAGUUCCGGAACUUGAGAAACCUGCUCCGGCACGUGGCAGGCCUCCUCUGCCACCCACAAACACCACAUUGUGCUCCAGCCACACAAGAGGUGGUGGACCUGCUGGCGGAGACUGGGAUGAAGAAUUGUAAUCAUUGGCUAUCCAUGUUGGAGGACACUGAAGUGAACAGGACUGCCUUGGGUUGUGUUGCCAGACAUAUUACAAGUAAUGAAAGGGAGCUGGUAACAAUAACAAGCAGCACCAUCACCAGUGCCAGUGCCCUCCUCCCCCUCAUCCCCUCCAAGAAGGUACGGAUAGUGCUAAGCAGGAAUGAAUCAGACGUGCAGGGGCUUAUCUUUGAACCACAAAUGCUGUCCCUUCCCCACCAAUACAGACAUCCAGACCAAGCCACUCUCUCUGACGCCUUGCUGCGUGCCACACCCAGGGAUUACACCGGGAAUGUGGUGACAACAGCAAGGGAGGCGCCUGCAACAAUGACACGCUGCGGCGUCCCAACAGGACACUUGUCUCUCACCUCAUCCCACUCAUCACCACACACACGCUCCACACAAUCACGGGAGCUGGGACACUCAUGAACAGACAGGAGACGCUUCGCCAGGUACCCAGCUUUUCCAACAACCAUAUCGGCAGUGGGAGGGGGGUCUCGAGGCGUUAUCACCCAUGUGCGAAAAGACAUUCCAGCCAUCCUGACAGGUGACCCACCAAACCUCGGGGAUGAGGUUGAUACGCUGUGCGUCAUCCUGCACUUUGGCGCCGCCACCAUGUGAUCACUUCGCAUACGCACCACCAUCCUAUUUUAAAUGCUCCUGAUAAUAAUUAAUUAAAGUGUAACUUCCACUCAUCUAUCUCUUAUGUAUGUGUGUACGACAACAUAUUGUCAUAUGUCAUAAUUAUGUACCACGCCAAGACUGCCUCCUGGGAAUGACAUAGUCUUUUUCACAAAUUUAUAAGCGCUUUGUGAAUAAAAGUAU